AUGGUUCCCACCUACGUUCGCCCUCCGCCCAUGUUCCAGAAGGGAGAAGGUUGUUACCUAUGGGAUGUCGAGAACAGGCAAUAUCUCGACUUCACUUCUGGUAUUGCCGUCAAUGCUCUUGGUCACUGCGAUCCUGAGAUGUCCAAGUUGCUCGCUCAACAGGCACAAACCCUCGUACAUACCUCCAACCUAUACCACAACCCCUGGACUGGCGCCUUGUCCAAGCUGCUCGUAGAAAAGACGGUCGAAUCUGGUGCCAUGUCGGACGCCGCACGAGCCUUCAUCUGCAACUCUGGCUCCGAAGCCAACGAGGCUGCCAUCAAGUUCGCUCGCAAGUGUGGAAAGAUGGUCGACGAGUCAGGAGACAAGCACGAGGUUGUCUCCUUCCACAACUCCUUCCACGGCCGCACCAUGGGCUCUCUGUCAGCCACUCCCAACCCAAAGUACCAGAAGCCUUUCGGCCCCAUGGUCCCUGGCUUUAGAUACGGCACAUACAACGACAUCGAUGCCAUCAACGACCUUGUCACCGACAAGACCUGUGGUGUCAUCAUUGAGCCUAUCCAGGGUGAAGGUGGUGUCAACGUCGCAACCGACGACUUUUUGCUUGCCCUCCGUCGCCGCUGCACAGAGGUUGGUGCUGUCCUCAUCUUCGACGAGAUCCAGUGCGGUCUUGGUCGUACUGGUACCAUGUGGGCACAUGGUGCUCUCCCCAAGGAGGCACAUCCCGACAUUUUGACCACCGCAAAGGCUCUUGGCAAUGGCUUCCCCAUCGGUGCCACCAUCGUCACCGAAGACGUCUCCAGCAAGAUUGUCACUGGAGACCACGGCACUACCUUCGGUGGUAACCCUCUUGGUUCCCGCCUCGCACACUACAUUGUCGGCCGUCUCUCAGGUUCCGAGAUUCAGGAAGGUGUUCUCCAAAAGGAGAAGGUCUUCCGUAAGCGUUUCGAGCAGCUCAAGCAGCACUAUCCUGAUGUCAUCACCGAGGUCCGUGGUCGUGGUCUCUUGCUUGGUGUUCAACUUUCUCAGGACCCUACUCCUGUCAUUACCGCCGCCCGUGAACGUGGUCUCCUCCUCAUCACCUGUGGCACCAACACCCUCAGAUUCGUGCCUCCGCUCAUCAUCUCUGAGGCUGAGAUUGAGCAAGGUAUGGACAUCAUUGAAGAUGCCAUGAAGGCCGUCUUCAGAACCUCCGAACACAUUCCUGGUACCGACGGACAACAAGAGAUGCGCGCUUCGUGA